CACCACCACCAGCAGCAGCCGCCGCCCCGCCCCUCCGCCUCCCCGCCGCCGCCCCUCCUCCUCCUGCCCCCCGAGCCGGAGCCGGGGGGCUGCGAGCGGCCCCACCACCCCGCGGGGCACCGCCUCCUCUCCCCGGGGGGCACCAGCUGCAGCUACCCCAGCGAGGACAGCAGCGAGGAGGAGGAG